AUGCAUACGACAAACCUAUUGACUUUUUUAUUCUUCCUCGGCGUUUCCUCUGGGAAGAAUAUUCUGAUUUUUAAUCCAAUUUUCGGGUUUAGCCAUGUCAAGUUUAUCAGUCUAAUGGCUGAUAUCAUCGCUGAUCAUGGGCACAAUGUGACUCUCUUCCAACCAUUCCAUAAUGCCAUGAAAAACACGGAAGGGCUUGUCAAAAAUAAAAACGUUGAGAUCAUCAACUACUACCCCGACCAUUACGAGGAACUUGAAAAACUGGAGACAGAAACUUUUCCAGGGUUCUGGGAUUCUCAUUUGAUGAACAACCCUGUUCUUCAAGCGUUCAUGAUGCCUAGAUCUCUAGUUUUACAAUUCGAGAGGACAGCAGCUCAACUUUUGAAAGAUCAAAAAACGUUGGAUGAGUUGAGAAGCAAGAAAUUCGAUGUGGUGAUUUCUGAGACUUUUGAAAUCACCGGAUUUUGUAAGAAUUCUAAAUACUUUUAUCCUAAUUCCUUGAACAAUUUUUCAGAUAUCGCUCACCUUCUUGAACUUCCAUGUAUCCCGAUCAUGUCUGCUGUUCGUUUCACAACUUUCAAUGAACUGUUCGGUCAGCCAUCAUCCCUGGGAUAUCUUCCAGCCAUUGGAUCUAAUAUGGCUCCAGAGGCAGGACUUUUCGAUCGUAUCAAUGACGUUUUCCGGAACUUCUUGAUGCUCAGCUGCAUGGAACGUAUGUCAGAUCUUCAGCAGACAUUCAUCGAGAACGCAAUCGGAAGACCAGUUCCACACUGGAGGGAUUUGAUCAAGCAAUCACCAAUUUACAUAACUAAUUCGAAUCCUUAUCUGGAUUUUGCUGUCCCUACAACUGCUACAAUUGUUCAUGUAGGAGGUAUAACUAUGGAUUUGAAACAGAUGAAGCAUGUGGGGAAGUUGCCAGAAGAAUACGUUCCAAUUCUCAAUGAGCGAGAAUCUACAGUUCUUAUAUCUUUUGGAUCUGUGAUCAGAUCAUUCCAAAUGCCGGAUAACUUCAAAGCAGGACUUAUCAAAAUGUUUCAGUCUCUCCCCGAUGUCACAUUUAUCUGGAAAUAUGAGAAGGAUGAUGUGGAACUAAAAAAUAAACUUCCCAAAAAUGUCCAUCUGAAGAAAUGGGUCCCACAACCUGCUCUUCUUGCUGACAAAAGAGUGAAAGUUUUUGUGACUCAUGGAGGGUUAGGAAGUACGAUGGAAGUCGCAUACUCUGGAAAACCUGCUCUUAUGAUUCCAAUUUUCGGAGAUCAACCGUGGAAUGCAGUGAUGUUGGCACGGCAUGGAGGAGCGAUUGCUUACGAUAAAUUCGAUCUACAAGACGGAGAAAAAUUGACUAGAACUAUGAAAGCAAUGAUUACAAAUCCAAAGUAUCAAGAGAAAGCCCAAGAGCUUCUGGAAAUCCUUUCAAACCAACCAAUUGAUCCAAAACUGAAUCUCAUGAAGCAUCUGGAGUUUGCUAUGCAAUUCCCAAAUCUUCGAUCUCAAAUUCCAGCAAUCAAUCAAGUGGGAAUAAUUGCUCAUUAUUAUUUGGAUGCUAUUGCGUUCAUUGCCAUUUUUGCUGUGCUUUCUGUAUAUGGAACAUACAUAAUCAUUUGUAAAUUGCCAAUUCGGCUUGUAUCAAAAAAAGUCAAGAGUGAAUAA